GCUUGCUGCCCCUGGCUUCUGGCAAGUCUCGGAUAACAGCGGCCUUCUGGUUCUCCCCCGCUCAGCUCUCGGAAGCAUUUGGGCUGGAGAUCAUCACGCCCAGUUCAAUACAGAACCGUUCUGAUUCGUCUCAUUGACUAAUAAUAUUUCAAUACCCUCUUGUGUUUUUCUCGGCGGUCUUGCCUUUGCUUUUCUUCUCACUUUCUCUCUCUUGUUGGAUCCAUAGGUCCUGCUCCUAACUUUGCAAAAAGCAGCUUUCAAUCUCAUCUAGUCAUUUGGUUACGCUUUAUUAUAUUAUUCCCAUUGAAAAUGAGUAUCUCGGCAGCUCUGUCCCUGCGGAGGACAACUCUUUCCAAGUCGCUACGCCUUGUGCAGUCAGCAACCUCUACACGCAGAGCCUUUUCGACUACUCUUCAACGCGAUGCUUCAUGGGGGUUUAUUGGGCUAGGGCAGAUGGGCUAUUGUAUGGCUAAGAACCUACGCGCCAAAAUCCCCGCAACAGAUACGCUGGUCGUGCGAGAUGUGAAUGAGGCAGCUGCGAAACGAUUUCUCGAGGAGACACGCGAAGCUGCCAGGAGCAGUGGUGCUACGGAUGAUUCUAUGAAGGUGGAAAUUGCGGAGAACGCCAGAGAGGUGGCGGAGAAGUCGACAGUGAUCAUAUCCAGUCUUCCGGAGCCUCAGCAUGUCAAGGAUGUGUUUCAUUCUAUCCUGAAAAAAGGCGAGCUUCCUGCCUUGGGGCAAGAACGGUUGUUUAUUGAUACGUCGACCAUUGACCCGGCUUCUUCAAAGGAGGUAGCCAACGCAAUCCACACAACCCGGACAGGACGUUUUGUUGACGCACCCAUGUCCGGGGGAGUCGUUGGAGCUCGUGCUGGUACGUUGUCGUUUAUGUUCGGAGCUUCUUCCCGAACUGGUGAGCUCGUGGAGCGUGUAAAAUCGGUCCUGCUGCUCAUGGGCAAGAAGGCAUGGCAUCUUGGAGAACCGGGUGCUGGUGUGUCUGGCAAGCUCGCUAACAAUUACAUUCUGGCUAUCAACAAUAUCGCAACGGCAGAGGCUAUGAACCUCGCUAUUCGAUGGGGUCUGAAUCCCAAGACCCUGGCCGAGAUGGUCAACACGUCGACCGGUCGAUGCUGGCCAAUGGAGGUUAACAACCCCGUUCCUGGAGUUGUCGAAACCGCUCCGGCCUCACGGGAGUAUGAGGGAGGCUUUGGCAUCAGUCUAAUGAACAAGGACCUGCGGUUGGCGAUCAUGGCUGCGCAAGAGUCUGGUACCCCGCUAGCCCUAGCCGACAAGGCUCGUGGUGUAUACACUGCUGUCGAGGAUGCGCACAGAGGCAAGGAUUUCUCUGUCGUAUAUAAGUGGUUGCAAGAUCAGUCGAAAGACGUAUGAGUCGGUUUUGCUCUUCGGUGGUGUGUCUUUUGUUGUUUCAGCAUGCUAUUGUUAUUCCCUUGCGGUUUCUUGUUCGUCAUUUGAAUGAUACAGUAUCAUAGAUGGAACCCAGAAUAGAAUAUGUCUGGAUCAGUAUCCCUUUCGUCUAUCCUGAGAAUAGUUCUUGCUUAUAUGAUUCACUUGGAACACACGAUGUUGCUUCUAUCAUGAAACAGUUAUCAUAUAUUGUUAAAUAACAAGGUAUGUAUGCGCAUUCAUAUCAACAAAUCAUAGUGAUGGUCAUUGUUUACAACAAAUAUUAAG